GUAGGCCCGAGAACAGCCGAGUCGGCCCGACCGCCGCCGAGCGAGACCGAGGCGCCGGGCCAGGCCGGAGCCGGACUACGGGAGCCGACGCGGGCCGCGCGGUGGGCGCGGAGCGGCGCGGCAGGCCGGGCGGGCGGCGGCAGCAGCGGAGGAGGCCGCGAAGGCGGGUUCGAGUGGCGGAGGCGGCGCGGGCGGCGGCAGGGGGCCGGGUGGCCGGGGUCCCGGGCCCCGCAGCGGCGGCAGCGGCGGCGGCGGCAGGAUGAUCAAGCUGUUCUCGCUGAAGCAGCAGAAGAAGGAGGAGGAGUCGGCGGGCGGCACCAAGGGCAGCAGCAAGAAGGCGUCGGCUGCGCAGCUGCGGAUCCAGAAGGACAUAAACGAGCUGAACCUGCCCAAGACGUGUGACAUCAGCUUCUCAGAUCCAGACGAUCUCCUCAACUUCAAGCUGGUUAUCUGUCCUGAUGAGGGCUUCUACAAGAGUGGAAAGUUUGUGUUCAGUUUUAAGGUGGGCCAGGGUUACCCACAUGAUCCCCCCAAGGUGAAGUGUGAGACGAUGGUCUAUCAUCCCAACAUUGACCUCGAGGGCAAUGUCUGCCUCAACAUCCUCAGAGAGGACUGGAAGCCAGUCCUUACGAUAAACUCCAUAAUUUAUGGCCUGCAGUAUCUCUUCUUGGAGCCCAACCCCGAAGACCCACUGAACAAGGAGGCCGCCGAGGUCCUGCAGAACAACCGGCGGCUGUUUGAGCAGAAUGUGCAGCGCUCCAUGAGAGGUGGCUAUAUCGGCUCCACCUACUUCGAGCGCUGCCUGAAAUAGGGUUGGCGCACACCCACCCCUGCCAGGGCCACCAGCCCCGGCGUCCCCUGCAAAUAUUUAUUGGGGGCCACAGGUGGGGGGCAUGGGGUGGCCGGUGGGGGAAUCCCAUGCCCUGGCCUUGCCUCCCCUCCCUGCCACCCGCUCCUAGUUAUUAUUUUUUAACCACCAUGUGAUUAAGGUCGGCGCUGCCUACCCCGACCCGCUCAGCGAUGGGAAAUGAAUUGGCUUGUCUAGCCCCCAGCUGGGUGCUGUCCAGCCCCCCACUCUGGGCUCUGGGGUGGGUGGCUAAGGGGACUGGGUGGCUGGGGCUGGGGCACUCCACCCCUCCACCACUGGAGGUCCCACCAGGCUAUUAAAGGGGAAUGUUACUGCA